CUCGGAUCAAGUUUUCAACUUCUCUCCGUUGUCUCAAUCGCGACCAAAGAUAUCUCUUAGAUCAAAACCCUAGCUCUAAAUUCCCCCAAAUCUGAUUCUUCUCCUCCGAACAAGCUUUUGUUGAAUUCGCAAAGCAGCGAAAAUGGUGUUGGCGGAGCUAGGCGGGCGGAUUACCCGCGCGAUACAGCAGAUGAGCAAUGUGACAAUUAUCGAUGAGAAGGCUUUGAAUGAAUGUUUGAACGAGAUCACUCGUGCUCUGCUUCAAUCCGAUGUUUCGUUUCCUCUUGUGAAGGAGAUGCAGAGUAAUAUCAAGAAGAUCGUCAAUCUUGAAGAUCUAGCAGCUGGUCACAACAAACGCCGGAUCAUUGAACAGGCUAUCUUUAGUGAACUUUGUAAGAUGUUGGAUCCAGGAAAGCCUGCGUUUGCUCCUAAAAAGGCUAAAGCUAGUGUAGUUAUGUUUGUUGGAUUACAAGGUGCUGGAAAGACGACAACUUGUACUAAGUAUGCUUAUUAUCAUCAGAAGAAAGGAUACAAACCAGCCCUAGUUUGUGCGGAUACUUUCAGGGCCGGUGCUUUCGAUCAGCUGAAACAGAAUGCUACCAAGGCUAAGAUCCCCUUUUAUGGAAGCUACACGGAAUCCGAUCCUGUGAAAAUUGCUGUUGAGGGAGUUGAUACGUUUAAGAAAGAAAACUGUGAUCUCAUUAUUGUUGAUACUAGUGGUCGCCAUAAACAAGAAGCUACUCUCUUUGAAGAAAUGCGUCAAGUUGCUGAAGCAACGAAACCAGAUCUUGUUAUAUUUGUUAUGGAUAGCAGUAUUGGUCAAGCUGCAUUUGAUCAAGCUCAAGCCUUUAAGCAAAGUGUUGCUGUUGGAGCUGUAAUUAUUACUAAGAUGGACGGCCAUGCCAAGGGUGGUGGUGCUCUUAGCGCUGUUGCAGCUACGAAAAGUCCUGUGAUAUUUAUCGGAACAGGAGAGCAUAUGGAUGAGUUUGAAGUGUUUGACGUCAAACCAUUUGUUAGCCGUCUCUUAGGAAUGGGUGACUGGUCUGGAUUUGUUGAUAAGCUACAAGAGGUAGUACCUAAAGAUCAACAGCCUGAACUUCUGGAAAAGCUCUCUCAGGGUAACUUUACAUUGAGAAUUAUGUACGACCUGUUCCAGAAUAUACUGAACAUGGGUCCACUUAAGGAGGUUUUCUCGAUGCUGCCUGGAAUUAGUGCUGAAAUGAUGCCAAAAGGACAUGAGAAAGAAAGCCAGGCGAAGAUAAAGCGGUACAUGACAAUGAUGGAUUCUAUGACAAAUGAUGAACUGGACAGCUCAAACCCAAAGGUGUUUAACGAGUCACGGAUGAUGCGGAUAGCAAGAGGGUCAGGGAGGCAAGUAAGAGAAGUGAUGGAGAUGUUGGAAGAGUACAAGAGGCUGCUAGCAAAGAUAUGGAGCAAGAUGAAAGGGCUCAAGAUCCCAAAGAAUGGAGAUAUGAGUGCACUCUCGAGAAACAUGAACGCACAGCACAUGAGCAAGGUCCUACCGCCGCAGAUGCUCAAGCAGAUUGGUGGCAUGGGCGGUCUGCAGAGUCUCAUGAAGCAGAUGGGUUCCGGCAAGGACAUGAUGGGAAUGUUCGGUGGCGGAGACAAGUAGUUUCUUUCUUGCACACCCAAAAACUAGACCUUGUUACGUUGUCAUUAUUAGAGUGUUUCCCCUCCUGUAUUUGUAAAACAUUUGCAAUCUUUCUCCAAUUUUACAAAAAGAGAUUUGGGAACAAAAGAAUGAUUAGAUCGCCAAAAAAAUGUCUUGGGUCCA